UUUCACGUGGCCGGGAAUGCGCUGCCACGACGGGAUCAUCGUCCGUUCUCUGGCGAUUCGCGUCGUUCGCGAAAAUUAACGUGCGAUCGACGGGGACGCGGGUGGUCCAUCGCACUGACAGCGAUGGCGAUCGUCGCUGUUUGCGCGCCAGUGUCGGGCGUGCCGAUGCCGUCGCGAACGGAUCCGCUAACCGGUCCCCGGCACGACCUCGACCGCUCGACCGGUCUCGAGGACGUCUACGAGGACGCUUUCGAGGACGCUUUCCAAGAAGAGGACCAGCGACCGACGAGAACCGUCCUCGACGACAGCGAGCUGGAGAUCAUCAGAAGAAGCAUCGCGCGAGGUCUUGGCUUGAAGAGGAUACCCGACCCCUCCAGGGCUAACGUGAGCCAAGCCGAGUACGAGAGAGCGCACAGAGAGUACCUGAAGAAAGUGCAGCUGUCGUCCGACGAACGGAGUUCCAGAAGCACGAAGAAGCUGCACGUGUUCCACGCCACAGAGCAUCCUGGAAAUGGAUCGAGUCGAAUCUACGAGACGGACGAAGGAGGAGGUCAGUAUCGUCAUCGUUUAUUCUUCCCCGUGGAAAUUCCUGAGACGGAUGACAACGUAUCGGUAGACCACGCCACGCUGCGACUGCUGCUGCUGCACGGUCAUUACAACGAGCGAACCGACGUGGAGGUUUUGCUCUAUCUGAGGACUCUCCGUUCGACGAACUUGAUCGUUCGGAAGAGAAUCGAACCACGGCAUUCGUGGGACUCGAGAUGGCUUGAAUUCGAUUCGACCGUGGCCGUUUCCUCGUGGCUCGAGGCCGGACUCGACAAUCUCGGCCUCGAGCUAGAAUUUCUUCACGACGGCGUGCCGGUGGUACGGGACUUCACCACGCCGGUACUAAACGUCUUCACCGAACGUACUUCCUACGAGCCCGGUGGAAGAACGAAGCGAUCCACUCCCGAGGAACUGAUGUCUCUGCACAAAGGACGCAGAACUAAAUGCAAAGGGGAGAGUAAAAAGUGUUGCAGGCACGAGCUCACCGUGAUGUUCAAAGAGCUCAAGGGAUUCGAGUUCAUCGUUUACCCGAGAACAUUCGAUGCCGGAUACUGCAAGGGUCGUUGCCCGCCCAGGUACAAUCCGGCCCAUCAUCACGCCCUCCUGCAAAGUCUGUUAUGGAAAGAAGACAAGAAAAAGGUACCGAAGCCUUGCUGCGCGCCGAGUAAACUCGAUCAGUUGAUGAUCGUUUACUACGACGAGAACAAUUCCACGCAGCUGAAAGUUUCUUAUUGGAAGAAUAUCCAAGUACUCGAGUGCGCUUGUUCCUGAACGACUUCCGUCUUCCUUUUCGGACGGAGUGAUUUAACGUACGAACGUGUGGUGCGUACAUUGUACGUGUGCGAAUACACAAAAGGUCGCAAUAGCAAGCUACACGUGAGACGGAAUAGAGAAACGAAAAAAAAGGAACGGACGGACUAUCGUCACCGAGGACUCACCAAAGAAUCGUCCGAAUAGCGUUCGGUGGUGCCACCUCUCCGUCGUUUACUCGCAGUACAGCGAUCGUGCGCGUCCCUCUCAUACGUCUCGUAAACUUCCUUUCCUUUUACGUUUCGUUUAGAUACGGGGUACUCUUUCGAACGUUUCGUUUCGCUAAAAAUGAUCGUUCGAUGGACGAAAAACGCGUUGUCGAAGCUAACGACGGAGAACCGUAUUUCUCGUACCGAUGAUCGACGAUCAACUUGAUCCGAGGGCAUCACCGAAGACCCAGGACCCCUAUUUGUGGGUCUUGCAUUGACUGUGAUACUAAGAUAUCUGCUUGACGUUAUUGCUCGUAAAUAAUCGUAUUUCGUAUCGUUAAAUGUUUUUUUUAAUUACCCUUGUACAUACGCGACCUGGUUAAGCGAAUCAUCGCGGAUGGGAUCGUUCCGCCAACAACGCGGAACUUAUGAACCUACCGACAAAAGCCGCGACAAGAUUCUUGUUAAAAAAAAAAUUGAUAAUGUCCACUCGCACGCGCACACGCAGCGCAGCGACGCUAAUGUUACCAACCCGAUCGUGCUCGGUUCCCUUAACCGGGAAGAUCAAAUCGCACGCAAACGAAACGACAUUACAAACAUCGCGCCGCUGUAUCGUUUUAAUUUAUUUCGAUCAUUUUUGGUUAGAAUAUGAGAUCCAUGCGCGUAUCGCGCGUCGAGUGCCGAACGCAGAAGAUAAAUUCGAUCCUGUCUAGACGCGAAACCGCCGCUUCGUAGUUUUCUUCUGCCCCGAAGUUACGUUAGUUCCUAAUAGAAUUAUAGAGCGAAUUUCCGAGAUCGUAUUUCUUUUAUUUUAUUUUAUUUUAUCUUUUCGCUGUGUCGAUGAAAAAACACUUGUAUCGAACGAUUUAAAUUUGUCAUUCGCGAUUCACGCGAUCGACAUUGCAUCGAGGACUCGAUCGAAAUUAUAAACCGUUUUGAGUUUGUUCGCGUCGAGAAGUUCUCGAACGCUCCUUACCUACACACCAUACAUUUAUCGCAACCGUUGAACUCGAUAAGAAAAGAAACUUAGGAACACACUUCUUCCUUCUACGUUGCGUGGCAUGUAAGCAUACGAUAAUUCGUAAUCGAAAUUCGCGAAGCUAAUUUUGACUACGCACAAUGGGCAUCGUAACAUCUCACGUUACUUGUACUUUCUAAUCAACCAUCAAUGAUGUAACGACAAAAUAAAAAUUUAUUCGUUAUUUAUAUAUAACAGAACCGUAACUAUAUCUCGACCACAUGAUUUUAAAUAAAGAACCUCUUAAUUUAUUCCUUCGUUCGGAUUCGUUUCGACGAUACGAGACGAAUGGACAUUGCACAACGCAACACAACGAGCAUCGAUAUCGGUUACUACAUGGUAAGGAAUAUAAAUCCACGAACAGGGCACACUCUUGGAAUACUAUAGCGAAGGGGUUAUCUCCGUACGACAGCAAUAAACUUUCGCUGAACGUGUGAUGUUGCUUACCCCGUUCGAGGGCGAAGGUCCCCCCCCGACGACCGAGUUUAUUAUGCAAUCGGAGACAAUUCAUUCAUACUGUCGCGAUAUCAUACAUGACUUCAACUAUG